AUGCGCCCGGCCCUCGCGCGCGGCGUCGCGGCCGCGGCCGUGAUCCUCGCCGUCGUCGUCGCGUUGAUGACGCUGAGCUACGUGCGCGUCGACAGCACGACGCCCUUCGCGCGGCGCUACGGCCUGCGCCAGGCGCCGCUGCGGCGGUCGCGCGGCGGCGCGCUGCGGACGCGGCUCCGCGUCGGCGCGGGGCCGGACGCGUUCGGCGUCGUGAGCCGGCGCUACGAGCGGUCGACGCCCGGGCCGACGCUCGUCGUGGCGCCGGGCGACGCCGUCACCGUCGAGCUCGUCAACGGCCUCGGCGCCGAGGACGGCGCGGCGCGCGCGCGCGACAGCCUCCGGCGCCCGAACACGACGUCGCUCCACAUGCACGGCUGGCACGCGUCGCCCCGCGUGUCGCCGCGCGAGGACGACGUCUUCUCGCUCGUGGCGCCGGGCGAGUCGAAGCGCUACGACUACCACCUGCCCGCGGACCACGCGCCGGGCACCUACUGGUACCACCCGCACGCGCAGGGGAGCUCGGGCCUCCAGGCCUACGGCAUGCUCGGCGCCGUCGUCGUCGCGGACGCGGACCCGGGCCGGUUCCCCGAGGACGUCGUCAUGCUCCUGGCGUCGACGAACCUCGUCGCCGGCAAGGCGCGGAACUACGCCUGGGCGUCGGUCGCGUCCGGGAGCCGGCUGCCCGUCGUCGCCGGCGGCGCCGUCGGCGCCGACGCGACGAAAGCCGCGGCGGCGCUCAAGGACGAGCUGCGGGCGCCCCUCGACGCGAGCUUCUUCACGGUCAACGGCGAGCUCCGGCCCACGUUCCGCCCGCCCGCGGGCGCGUGGCUCCGCUGGCGCGUGGUCAACGGCGGGUCGAACGACAUCCUGUCGCUGGAGCUGUCGGACGCGACGGCCUGCGAGGCGUCCGUCGUCGCGCGCGACGGCGUCGCGCUGCCGGAGCCGCGGCCCGCCUUCGCGGCGCCCCUCGUGCUCGCCAGAGCAGGAAAAGCGAGCGAAAUUCCCAACUGCGACGCGCUCCGAUCUCGGCCGGUUUCCACUCGUUUCGGCUGA